AUGAACGCAUUUCAAGAGGCAUCCCAUGUGACCAUUCGAAAUGCCACGUUCAAUGAAGUGGGCGGAAACCAAACGAACAACUAUUAUACCACUCGGGCGAUACAGGAAAGGGAACGUACGAUUUACGACGAGUUCACUUAUGUCAAACUCGGAAAUGUGUACAUCAUCGAGGAUAUCCACCGAAGAGCAUGUGCACGAUGGAGCCAGGGUGAGGGAAGGCGGGAGGAGACCAGAUUUCGGGCAGAAAGAACGAUUUGUACAGCUGAAAUAGAUGGUAAACCGGGAAGAUUUACAGCGAUGUCGUACACAGGCCCUGAAGCGACGGAGGCAUGGGAGGAAGACUUCCGGCACUUUUCUCAAGCUAGGUGGGUCCACGACUUCUGA